AAAAGACGGAAGAAAAGCAGAAGAAGGAAGAGGAGAAAGGAAAGAAAAAAGAGAAGGGGAAAAACAAAGGAAAGAAGGAGGCUAAAGGUUCGAGUGAGGAGCAGGUGAAAGCUCCGAUCGCUGCUCCGGAGCCGGAGCUUAAAACUGAACCGGAAGUCGAACAGGCUCCUGAUCAGCACUCGGUGAGCAGCGCAGAGCUUCAGCCGGCUCAAGAGGAGAGCAAGGGAGAAGCCGAGAUAAAGAAGGAGCCGGAAGCGGUGGAGGAGGUGAAGGAGGAGGACACGGAGAAGAAAACGGAAGAACCAGCAGAGCAGCAGGAGGAGGAGGAAAAGGAGGCAGUCAAAGGAGAGGAGAAAGCGACGGAGCAGGCGAAGAAAGAGAAGCCUGCCAAAGAGAAGAAGACGGAAAAGAAGACGGAAGAGGCGAAAGGCUCCAAACGGCAGAAAACCAUGCAAUGCAAAGUCACCUUACUGGACGACGCUCAGUUUGAGUGCGAGCUCGAUAAACAUGCUAAAGGCCAAGAACUUCUCUCCAAGGUGUUGGACCAUGUCAACCUGUUGGAGAAGGAUUACUUUGGCCUUGCUAACUGGGAAUCCCCGACCAACAAGACGUGGUUGGAACCCACCAAAGAGAUCCGGAAACAGGUUUCAGGUGCUGUCUAUGAGUUUACAUUCAACGUCAAGUUCUACCCUCCGGAUCCAGCACAGCUUACCGAAGACCUCACCAGGUACUUUCUGUGUCUCCAGCUGAGGAAGGACAUCAUGCGAGGUGUCCUCCCCUGUUCCUUCGUCACACUGUCCCUGCUGGGCUCCUACACAGCCCAGUCAGAGAUCGGAGAAUACGACCCAGAGCUCCACGGAGCAGACUACGUUAAAGACCUGAGCCUGGCCCCCGGACAGAGCAAAGAACUGGAGGAAAAAGUGAUGGAGCUGCACCGCACAUACAGGUCAAUGAGCCCGGCCCAAGCAGACAUGCUGUUUCUGGAAAAUGCCAAGAAGCUUGCUAUGUAUGGCGUUGACCUGCAUCAAGCCAAGGAUCUGGACGGUGUCGACAUCACGCUGGGGGUUUGCUCCAGCGGGCUGAUGGUUUACAAGGACAAGCUGAGGAUCAACCGCUUCCCUUGGCCCAAAGUGCUCAAGAUCUCGUACAAGCGGAGCAGCUUCUUCAUCAAAAUCAGGCCGUCGGAGCUAGAGCAGUAUGAAAGCACCAUCGGCUUCAAGCUGCCCAACUACAAGGCCUCGAAGAAGCUGUGGAAAGUUUGUGUCGAGCAUCACACCUUCUUCAGGGUUUCGACGGUGGAGCCUCCCUCGUCGCGUCGCUUCCUCGUCUUGGGCUCCAAGUUCCGAUACAGCGGUCGCACUCAGGCCCAGACCCGCCAGGCGAGCUCCAUGAUCGACCGCCCGGCCCCUCGCUUCACGCGCUCCGCAAGCAAAAGGCUGUCUCGCAACCUAGAUGGAGCUGGAGAUGACACUCUCCAGUUUCUGCAGCAGCUCUCUGCGCCGAUCAGGUCUGAGGUGGACGACUGGUCGCUGUUGAUGGCGUCGGACACACCUCAGCCUUCUCUUGAUCUCUCAGCCAGAGGGGAGUCUGAGCAGACUUUCACUCAGUCCUGGGAGGAGGGACAGUCUGUUCGCACAGUCACAGUAACCUGGCAGAGCGCCGAGGCUGGGAACACGAGCUCUCAAACCCAGACAGUCAGUCAGCCGUGGCAGGAGCUGGCAGCUGAUGGGCAGCAGCAGCAGCAGAUGAGAAAGGAAGACGAGUGGUCUGCCCUGCUGCAUCGACAUCCGGCUUUUCCCUUUGUCCCUCCUUUUGAUUUUGUGAAACAGCCAGCUAAACUCAGCUUGGUUAAAAUGAGCUCUAUGGACCGGCUGCUGCAACCUGCGCCGACUCAGCAAGAUGAUUGGUUCCUGUACGUUGAUCGAAGCUUCCGUUUACCUUCACCUGAGGGCAUUGACAGACUUCCAUUCUCUCCUGUAGCCCAGUUCCAGCUCCAGAAGGAGGAGCAGGUCAUGUCUGGAGCAGAACAGGAACUGACCACUAAGGAGGUCACUGAGAGCAUGCAGGAGACGGUGAUCUUGGCAGACAAGCUGAACGAGGCUGUUGUUUUGGAAGGGAAGCUGAAGGAAGUGAGGAACUUAGAGGAAAGACUCGAAGUAAUGGACGAGAUGGCAGUUCGACUUCAGGCAGCUAUAGAGAAAGAACUGGGGAAGGAAGAGGUAGAAAAGUUAAGACAAGAAGAGAGGGAACUAGAGCAGCAAAAACAAACCAAACGUGUGACACAAACAGUGGUGAGGACAUCCGUGAGGAAGAUAGGGACGGAGGAGGAGGGUGAGGUGGAUGAACUGGAAGAUCAAAUUAAGGAGGUGUUUUUGAAAGGCUUGUUGGAUGAAGGGGAGGAAGAGGGAGAUGUGGAGCAGGAGCAACAAACCAAACGUGUGACACAAACAGUGGUGAGGACAUCCGUGAGGAAGAUAGGGACGGAGGAGGGCACGGGGGAUGAACUGAAAGAUCAAUUAAAAGGGGUGCUUCUAAAAGGCUUGUUGGACGAAGAGGAGGAAGAGGGAGAAAAGCUAAGACAGGAAGAGGGAGAUGUGGAGCAGGAGCAACAAACCAAACGUGUGACACAAACAGUGGUGAGGAAAUCUGUGAGGAAGAUAGGGACGGAGGAGGGCGCGGGGGAUGAACUGAAAGAUCAAUUAAAAGGAGUGUUUCUAGAAGGCUUGUUAGACGAAGAGGAGGAAGGGGUCGUGGUGAGGCAGGAGAGGGAACAAGAGGUGACGGGAGAUGAGGGUUUGUUGGAUGAGAGUUUCAGAGAGAAGCUACGCCAGAUAGAAAAGGAAUGGCAAGACGAGGUGGAGGAGAAGUUCGGCUCUCCAGAUGUCGUCGGUGCGACUUCGGUAGUAGCGUACCAGAAGGUGGAGCGUAAGGUUAAGAAGAGGGUGACUAUCGUAGAUGAGAGAGAGCAGCAAGAUGUGCAGCUGCAGUCUGGUGGAACAUCAGAGGAGAGGUUAGAAAAACAGGACUUGUGGCGUAAGACGGACUCCGUUUUGGAGAGGACGCUGAAAGAGGCUACGGAGACGUUUCAGACACCAGAAGUUGAGGAUCCGUGGUUCGUACUUUUUGACCGCGCUCCAUACAAGGCUGCUUUCAAACCACCAGUUCUAGUAGUUACCACCGUGCAGCCCGCUCAGGUGGAUGAGGGCGAGUAUUUCACUUCAAAGACUGAGAUUGCAACUCUUGAGGCCAAAACUGAGAUUAUAGUAGAGGAGAAGCAAAUAAGAGAAGAGGAAGUGUUGCGUGCACCAGAGAUCCAACAACCCCAGAGCAUCACCGAAAGGGUGGAUGACUGGUGUAUGCUGCUGGAUGUUUUACCCAGAGAAACAACUUAUGUAGCACCAGUUGCAUCGAAGGAUAAAACCCAGAUAGAUGAAGAAAGUUUUGUCUCUGUGGCUGCAACUGCGGAAGUUGAAGAGAGUAAAGAAGUAGUGAUUGAAGAGAGGAAAAUAAUCGAAGAGCCACCGAGAUAUCUACAAGAAAUCCCAACACAACCGGUGGCAGAACGAGACGAUGACUGGUCUGUGUUACUGGAUGUCCUUCCCAGAGAAACAACAUAUGUACCACCAGUUGUUGCAGAGCAGGUGUCUUCAGAAGAUCGUGUCUCUGUGAUUGAAGUAACAGCUGUUCAGCGGAGAGAAAAACAAGUGGAGAUUGUUGUAGAAGAGACUGAAAUGAAAGAGAGAGAAAAACAAGUAGCAGCACCACUGCAGGAUGUGAAAGAGAGAGACGAUGACUGGUUUGUGCUGCUGGAUGUUCCUAUUCAAGAACCGUCCUUUGAGCCUUCAGUUUCCAUGACCAAGUAUGUUGAGCUCUAUGAAAGAGAAAGCAUUUCUGAGUCCACAAGAGAGGUUGUUAUCGAAGAGAUUGCGGUGCAGAAAAAGGAUGUGAAGCCUCCCAAACAAGUUAUUCCAGAGCAGAAAAUCGUCCAGCCAGUGAGUGAGAGAGAGGACAAUUGGUUUCUGCUGCUGGAUGUUGUUGCCAAAGAGACUUCCUAUGUGCCUCCAGUUUCUGGGCCUCUACCAACUAAAGUCUAUCCAGAUAUUCCAAUUGAAGUGAAAACUGUAGAGCAGAAGUUUCAGAUUGAUCUCGACCAGACGAGACCACAAGUUUCCCAGCCACUGCCAGAGAGAGACGAUGACUGGUGUGUUCUGUUUGAUGCUGUUCGUGAAAAGGCAGUCAUAAAGCCAACAGUUACUCCAGUUGAGAUUAUUGUGGAUGCGAAGAAGACGUUCGAGGUUGAGGUGACAACCGCAGAGACUAGAACGUGGCAGAAGACGAUAAUUGGUGUGGACAGCAGGCAAGACGUGGCACGUCUGUCUGAAAUUAGACCGAGCCAAAUUGCACCACCAUCAGAGAGACGAGGAGGAGAUGAUUGGUUUAUCCAGUUCGACGUUAUCCGCGAAAAGCCUGUUGUCGUGCCACCAGUCGCUGUGGUUAGGCGCGUUGUUGACGUCGUGGUACCUGCUGAACCGAAACCGAAAUUCGUCAUGGAGGAUGUGAGGCUGCCUGUGAAGGCGGUGGAAGUGAAACCGCAGCAGUCAAGAAAAGUGGAUGACGACUGGUUUGCGCUGCUGGAUGUCGCAGCUAAAGCGCCAGUUGCUGUGGACCAACGUGUCCGAAUGUAUCCUGAAGUAAGACCAGCUAAAGAGUUUGCAGUCAGAGAGCAGAGAGUACAACAGAGGGUCACUAUAGUGACGGAGAUAAGGCAGCAGGAGUAUGACGUGCAGCAGAAACCAGCAGUGAGAGAGGUGGAUGAUGACUGGUUUGUUCUUCUGGAUGGGGCUCCUAAGAAAUCAGUUGCUGUCGCAGAGCGUAUCCAGUUCCCGGCAGCGGUCAGAGCUCCGACUGCUGCGGCCACAAAGCGGGUCGUUAUUUCUGAGACGCGACCGCAGUUUGAGAAACGGAUCCUGGAGGAGAGACGUCCCGUCACGCGUACACAUGUCAACGAUGAUUGGUUUGUUCUGCUCGAUGUUGCCCUCAAAGAGUCAGUUGUGAGCACGCAGAGGGGCACUCGUCCCGUCAGCGCUCCCGUCUUCUCCCAUGCCGCCCUGAUGGAGGCGGGGAUCCCCAUGUCGGUCCUGGAGCAGCCUCAGACCUCCACCCCGAUCAAGACCAGCAUGGAGGAGAGGAAACUGGAGGUCACCGUAGAAGCUGUGGAGCCUUCGAAGAUCGACGCUGAGGGCAAGCCAGCAGCGUGGAGGGAGCAGAGAGACUCUUCACUGAUAUCCACCGUCAAUGGGGACAUCCAGCACGAGGUGACGAGCUCGGAGGUGGUGCGAAUGCGAAAGAAAAGAGCUAAGAAAAUUGAGGGUGACUCAAUUUAUAUCAGACAUAGCCUUUUAAUGUUGGAGGAGUUCGAUAAGCCUCAGGAGGACCUGCUCAGGCAUCACGCCAGCAUCAGCGAGCUGAAGAGGAACUUCAUGGAGGCCGUCCCGGAGACCAAGCCCAGCGAGUGGGACAAGCGUCUGUCCACGCACUCCCCGUUCCGCACCCUGGGCAUCAACGGCCAGCCGCUGCCCAGCGCAGAUGGGAGCAUGUGCAUUAGUCCCCUUUGCAAUGGUUCAGAGACAAAGCCAGCACACGAGGAAACCAGCAGUAAUUUGGGCUUUGCAGGCAAACCCAGUCCCGCUGUGAGCCACAAGAGUGAGCCGGACGCUGUCGAAGCCCACAUCGCUCCCAUUGAGGAGGAGUCGGGCGAAGAAGAGGUCGUAGUUUUUGACGCGACCUCGGUGCCGGUCGUAGAGGUGGAAAUGGCACAGCUGCCUCCUUCCUUUGAUCCCUCCUGUAAAGCUUUAGACGAGACGCGGGAGGAAGAAGGAUCGUGUCGCGGAGAGUCGGAGGGGGGGAUAGCUGGAUCUUCCCCAGCUUCCUAUUUCUGGAGCGAUGGUCCACAGGUCAUACGCUGCUUCCAGCCCCCUCUGGUGCAGACCCAGACUGUCACCAUCACAGCCGCGUCCAACCUCUUAUCCAGUGGCAUCUCCACCACAGAGGUCCCUAUCGUCCCGACCAAGACCUUCACCUAUGAGUCUUCAAAGGUGGCAGUUGACGGGACGGACGAGGACAAAGAUGGCACAACGGUGUCCCAGACCAUUACCUCAGAGACCACCAGCGGUACCACGGUCACCACCACUCACAUCUCAAAGGUUGUGAAAAGCGGAUCUUCAGAGACUCGUGUGGAGAAGAGAAUCGUCAUAACUGCAGACUCUGACCACGACCAAGAUAAGGAGAAGCACGGCGGAGCAUCAGCAUUGUAACUGAAUCACGACCGUCCUCCUUCCUUCUCCACCACCUUGGAAAUCCCUUGUGGAGUGCAGCACUCAACACACAGUGACCAGCUCUAUUUGCGCACACAUAUCCCGAAAGAAAUAUCUCAUAAAUCUACACCUCAAAUGAUAACUGACUAGAUCAAUCUUAGUAGAUCCUUUUUCGUUUAUUUUUUUUUGUUUUUUUUCAGUUGAGCUCUUCAUCGUAGGUAGGGGCUGCACGGCGCUCGGAUCAAACGCUCAUAUCAUCCCGUUGUUGUAAAAGCUUAGUUUUAUUGCUUCAAAACCAGUCGCGUGAUCUCAGUUAUGUUUGCUUUUAAAUGCUUUUAUUUUCCUAGUGGUUUUUAUACAAAUGUACUGUUUCCAUUCUAGCUUAGACAGCACGAUCAGCAUCUAUUCCCUUGGUGCUGCUAGGGGAACGUUAAGACUACAUUCAAGGGAUCUCUUAUCUUUUGUUGUUGUUGUUGUUUACUUGUUUAUUUAAUUCAGGAGACUUUAUCCGCUUUUUUUCUCUUUUUUUUUUUGAAGUGAAAUGACAUACCUCGCGUUAUUAUGUGAACAAAGAUAUUCUGUGCUCAAAUCUGGACAGUUUGUUCACAUCUCAGGUACUAAAAACUGAAAAAAAAAAAAAAAAAACGACCUAAAUCUCCGACCAGCCAAGAACCAGUAGCCUACACAUUCUUGUAAAUUUUGAACGAAAAAAAAUUGAUCUAUUUUGAAAUAUUUCUCUAUUUUAUAGAAGUGAUGCUUUUUAUAGUAUUUGUACAAAUUUGAGGUUUUUAAGUUAUUCAUAUCCAUCUGCUCAUUAAAGUGUAGGUUACCAUCGUGCUGUUUACUGAAUUUCGAGGUCUCUCUAUUCCAAGACCGGUCUUGCCUGACACCCUGAAUCGUUCUUAUUCGUUUCCUCUCGUAGUCCACCAAGUUUAAUAAACUCGUCGCAAUUAAGACAGUGGAGUGCUUCCCCUCAGCCCUACGUUUUGUUUCAGUUUUUAUAGAAUUGCUUUGAACAUAUUUGGUUGAUAAGAAAAGUUUUACAAGCUUUGGUCUGUUUAUCUCAGGUUUUGAUAUUCUUUGUAAGACUUACAGACCUCCAUAUGAUUGUAUGAGGAAUGUCCAUGUAUGUAUAUCCAUCUCUAUUGUAAAUGUACAUUUAUGUUCAGUCAAGUGAGGUCAAUAAAUAUAAAAGCUUGUCUGUCACGAUAACCACACGUGUAAGAGAUGAAGGCAGCUGCCCCGGUAUAUGUGGCUUUUCUCUCACAGGAGCACAAGUUGUCUUUUUCUUUCUUUUUUUUUUUUUUUUACAUGUUCUACCAUACAGUAAUUUAUUUGUAAAGUAGGAACUGUUUCAUGUGAUUUGAUGUACUGUGAUGUUUCGACACAAGCUGGCUUCCGGGCUUCCACUAGAGAUGUCACCGAUGUUAAAUAUUGCAUUCGUUAUCAACCAAGUUUGUAAAGCCUUUUUAACCACAUAGUCGAAGUAGGAUGCUCUGUCACUCGCUGUUUUCCUCGUAGAGAAGAAAGCAAAUGAAUCCCUUUUUAGAUAGCAUGUUUGUUAGCAAACUUUUUUUUUUUUUCUAACCCAAAAAGAAGCCAUUGGUAUUGUAGCUACAUUGACCGCAAUCUUUCCUGGAUGGGAGGGGAGGGAGAAAAAAAAGUAGAAUUUCACAAUAAGAAAAGAUAGUUUUUAGACAAUGGAAAAUAUUGUUGCUUUGUGACUUAUCCCUGUCUUUUUAUGAAAAAAAUAAAAUCUGCAUUAUUUUG